AUGAGUGCCGCUGCAAGUCAAGACCAAGGUGGUCUGAAGUUUUUCUCUGGCGAGUCCGAAGACCACAAGGACUACCGUCGGUGGAAAGCAUGGGUCCAGUCGAAGAUGAUGACGCUGGACAAAAUGCCCAAGGAGGCCCGAGGGGCCUAUGCUUUCACUCCCUUGAGUGGCAAGGCUUUGGAGUGUGUAGAACACCUGGAUCCUAGCGCAUUCCAGAAAGAAGGCGGUGAGAAAGUUCUGUUCGAUCUUCUGGAUCAGCGAUUCCCUCAGAAAGAAGUCACCGAUGAGAUGUCGGAGGUGCUGACCGAGAUCUUCAAUCUUCGCGCCGCCGAAGGGGUCAUGAAGCGAGAGGAGAUCGGCAAAGCAAUGCGCAGCUGCUACCCCGAGUUCGUGAUGAAGAAGAAGCACAUAGCUGGCGUUGCAAUUCUGGGAGAAUCCAUCGUAGGAGAGCCCGUUUCUGAGAUCUCCGACCUCGUCGACGACUUCAACGAUGUUGAACAAUUUCUUGCUGAGUAUCAGCAAGACGAGGCUCUUGAAGAAGAAGUCUAUGAAGAGGCCGAGGUCGCAGAAGCAUUGGCGAUCAGCUGGAAAGAUCGACGGCAAGAGCUGUCGAGGUUGCAGAAAGCUCGCAACUUUUCUUCGAACGCCGCCAAGUCCAAUGAGCUCAGAAGAAGUUUUCGUGUAGAAGUUGAAGAGUUGAAGAAAAAGACACGCUGCCAUCGCUGUGGACAAUUGGGACACUGGUCCAAGGAAUGUCGAAAAGGAAAAGGCAAAGGCAAGCAGUCCUCUUCCUCGAAGGGCUCCUCAGAGACUGGUGCAGCCCUGGUACAACCCGUCCAAGAAGAUGAUGAGCAGUUUGUUGCUAUGGCACAGCAUUUUGCAAGUUGGUCGCCGCUUGACAUCCUGCGUUCCACGAAGCGAGCAACAGAUUCCUCGAUUCCUGAUUGGACCGUGCGCGAAACUCUGCUGGUUUCAAGCCCUGGUUUCGGGGUGACCGAUUCAGGAUGCGGCCGCACUAUUGUCGGCCGUGAGACACUUGCCAAGUUCAAGCAAGUGUGGCAGCAACACGGCAUGUCAUGCCCUGAGCCUGAGCCUGAGAUCAACUACUUCAGGUAUGGCAAUGGUGAAAAAGAGACCUCCACUGAGGUGCUGGCCAUGCCAGUUCGAAUCCCUGGCAAGUCUGGAUCCAUUCGUGCAGCCAUCGUGCAAGGACAAGCCCCAUUGCUGAUCUCGCGCGCAGCUCUUCAGAAACUCAAGGCAACACUGGCCUUCGGACAAGGCACCAUGACCAUAUUUGGCGAUGCAGUGCAGGUGCCUCUCCACACCAAUUCCGCUGGACAGUUCAUGAUUCGAGUCUUGCUCGAGGAAACCAAGGGCAAGGAAGUGCAGUUCUCGGAAGUUAUGGCCUCUCAGGAAGCCAACAGUUGCUGUGAUCAUGAGCCUACAAUCGCACCUUCCAUGCCAGAGACCGCCUUAGAUCCUGAAGAACAGGAACACGUCAACGCGAUCGAGAGCCUGCCAGUUCAAGUGUGCCGACAGUUGACGGCACAAAUCAAGCAGGCACCAAGUCGAGUCGGCUCCUUUGUGCAGGGGAAGCGUUUCAUGUUGGCUGAGAUUUUCAGCCCUCCUCGUUUCGCUCCGUCCAUCGAAGCAGUAGGCAUGAUUCAUGAUUGCCCCAUGGAAGUUCAUGAAGUACUUGUGAGUCGUGAAGAGAUCCAAGGGGAGGAUGAAGAAGCCAUCAAACGAGCCCUGCAUCGACUGCGCAAGAAUCUCGGCACCGCCGGUCUUGACGAUUCCGCCAUCGCCAAGUCUCAAGCCAUUCGUACAGACAGGCAUACCGAAAUGCCGCUCACUCCCGAUGAAGCAGCACAGCUUCGCUAUCUGAUGGCCAAGGCGUCGUCAGACCAGAUGAUGCCAUCCCUGCCAAUCGAUGCACCAGGUAUUGCUUCCGGAGCUGCUGACCCAGACUCAGGUUUCAGCUUGAUUCCCUUCUCUGGAUCGAUGACUGACGCCUCCAAACGUCGAGAGGAGUUGUCAGCAGCCUCGCCGCAACCGAAGAAGGAACGUGGAUAUGGUCCAUCAGCACAUCCCAAGUUCAAGGCCUCAGGUUCCAUGGAAGGAUCCUAUGCUGCCACCGAAGGAAUUCCACCUCCGAUGCCAGGUUCAGAUUUGAGCUCAAGUAUGCUGCCAACGUUGCCUCCGGAUGUGAUGGACAUGCACCAAUGGGGUUUGAACAUGACUUACCAUGAUUUGGCAUGCUCACCCGAAGACCGAGCCAAGUCAUAUGUAAAGUGGGUAACGGCACGUCAGCGAUCAGCGUCAGGCCUGUUGCUUGAUCUUUCAAAUUAUUUGAGCCGUUUCAUCGCCGAACGUGAUGCAGCAGAAGAUGCCGCUUGGGAGGGACCAAAGAUCCCCGGCACCGAUGUGCCUCGCACCUAUAAGUAG